AUGAAUGGCGACCUGAGCCUGUCGCAGACGCUCGGCGGACUGCGCAUUGCCAAUCCAGACGAGGACGACGACGCUCCCUCGCCUCCCCCAACCAACCCCCAGCUGCUCCCCCAGUCCUCAGAUGCCCCAGACGCUCCGCCGCAGCUCCCGCAACCCGCGUCGUCAUCAGCAUCAGCAUCACCACCACCCUCACCACUACCGCCCUCGCGCGCCUCGUCCUCGGCCACCGUCACCGACAGGCAGCAGCAGCAGCAGCAGCAGCAGCAGUACCUCCAGCACCCCCAGCACCACUCGCCCCUCGCCUCGUACGACCCCGCCUCAUCUUACGCGUCCAUAGACGAGGAGCCCGCCGCCUCAGACUCGCUUUCUCCCAUGCGAGAACGCCCCGUGUCCACGAGCAUGUACCAACAUCCCAACCUCUCCACCUCGUCCACCACCGCCCCUGGCACAUACCGCUACAACGACGAAGCAAUGGCCACGGACAUUCGCCGUACUGCGAGCUCCCGAGUCGCCCCGGGUGCCAUGCCCACAAGAGAACACAGCAGACGGGAUCCCUACCGCCAGUCCGCACAAAUGUCGGCUAUCAACGGGCCUCUCCCGCCUCGGAGAAGCUCGCGGCGGGUGCCCAUGGAAGCACACCAUCCCGGGGCAUCCCAAUUAUCCAGCUCUCCGUACAGCGUCGAGGGCGGGCCGCUCUCAAGUAGCGAGGAGUGGAAAGAGCGGGGUGCUGCUGUGAGCACUAGACAGGACCUAGAUCAGAAUGGCAGGCCAAUCACCCGCGUGGUGAAAAAGGGCGUCAAGGACUUCAACUUUGGUAGGACAUUGGGUGAAGGUUCCUACAGUACUGUCUUGGCAGCAACAGAUCGCCAGACACUGCGCGAAUACGCAAUCAAGGUGCUCGACAAGCGCCAUAUCAUUAAGGAGAAGAAGGUCAAAUACGUGAACAUUGAGAAGGAUACGCUCAACCGCUUGACGGAGCACCCUGGCAUUGUCCGACUCUACUAUACCUUCCAGGACGAGCGCUCAUUGUACUUUGUCCUCGACUUGGCAUCUGGUGGUGAAUUGCUGGGCUUCCUCAAGAAGAUGGGCACAUUUGACGUGGAGUGCACACGGUUCUACGGAGCCCAAAUACUGGACGCAAUCGACUACAUGCACAACAAAGGCGUAAUACACCGAGAUCUGAAGCCUGAGAAUGUCCUCCUCGACGAUGCAAUGCAUGUCAAGAUUACGGAUUUUGGUACGGCAAAGAUACUAGACCAGAAGAGAUCAAACGGUGCCGGGUCAAGUAGUGACCCUCUAGAUACCAGCGAGUCGGACCGCGCGCAAUCGUUUGUGGGAACUGCGGAAUAUGUGUCGCCAGAACUACUCACAGAUAAGAAUGCGUGCAAAGCGAGCGAUCUCUGGGCGUUUGGCUGCAUCAUUUACCAACUACUUGCCGGAAGACCUCCGUUCAAGGCUGCAAACGAAUACAUGACAUUUCAGAAAAUUGUCGGACUCGAAUACUCCUUCCCAGACGGUUUCCCUCCACUAGCAAAAGACCUGGUUGAGCGACUGCUGGUUCUGGAUCCAUUGACACGACUGCCUAUGGAGCAUAUUAAGAAUCAUGCCUUUUUUGAUGGUAUCCAAUGGGGCAAGGGGCUGUGGAAGCAAAAGGCUCCGCGCCUCAAGUCCUACAGCGCGCCCCCACAAGAACCAAUCAAGCUCAAUGGACCCUCCGCACCCGUAGCAACAGCUCCCAGUCAACCCCAGGCGCGACCAAAGCCACGGCUCAUCACCGAACUACCCCCUCCCUCUCAGCUCGACAUCGACUGGUCUCCAGUCCUCACAAAGCGAGACGAACGAAUAUUGAAGCUUGGAAACAUGUUUGUCACACAGCAUCCUCCUGGUCACGUUGUCGGCGCAAAGGAAGAGCCAGCAGAGCCACCCAAGAAGUUCUCACGCUUUUUCGGUGGAAAUACUGUCAAGAAGCGACAGCGACUCGUAAUGAUUACGUCCAACGCUCGCGUUCUCAUGUGCGCAGCAGGCACAAACGACAAGAAGCUCAAGGAAGAGGUAUCAUUGCUCUCAGCAGGCUGUUCAUGGAGAUCAUUCCAGGACUCCAAGGGCCUUACUGCUUGGCUCGUAGAAACACGAGACAAGCAGUAUGUCUUUGAAGACACCAAAAGCACCACCAGCGAUCCCGAGGGCAGCAAGUACUCUACCCAAGAAUGGCUGGAUAGCAUCGAACAAGCUCGGGACUAUGCCUUUUCACAAACAAUGUCGAAUUCGUACUCUGCUGAUGCAAGUCUGAGUGAGCUCGUCUCAAACCACACCACUCCCACCAGUACGUUGGGAGCUGACUCUGCCCUCGAGAGCGUGAACAUUCCCGCCUCCCGCCACGGCCAUCUUCGCAAAGAAGGCGAUACUGACUCAGUAAAGGGUAGGAAGCGCUUUAGCAAACGCCACUCAAGGAAUGGACUGGCAAACUUUUGA